CUAAACUUCCUCUCAUCUGGCAACACUUUACCCGCACUAGAAGAUUCGCACGUGUGGAGGCCAUUUAGAGAAUGGAUCUGUCCUCCUCAGGGGACGUUGCGAGUGUAGAAGUUCGAGAAAUUGGCGGUUCUAAGGGUAAAGGGCUGUUUGCCUUGCGUAAAUUCAAAACAGGCGAUGUUAUAUUUGAAGAAAAACCAUUAGUAUGUUGCCAAUUUCUGUGGAAUCAAGUUUAUGGUUAUCUUGCAUGUGAUUAUUGUAUGCGACCAUUAGAAACUGCAGAAAAGAAUGCUCGCAGGUUGACUGGAAAUCAAGAUAUAACUGUGCCAUAUCCUCAAUGCUGCAUUGUGAAAGAAGAAAAUCACGUUGAUUGUCCAUUUUGUGAGAUCACUUACUGUACUGACGAAUGUCGAAGAUUAGCUUGGGAACAGUAUCAUCAGAAUCUCUGCCUUGGUUCGUCUGCAGGUGAUCCAAAUCAUCCACUAGAGAAGCUCCAAGAUGCAUGGAGAAACAUACAUUACCCACCAGAAACGGCCAGUAUUAUGCUUAUUGCCAAUAUGAUUGCCACAGUAAAACAAGCCAAAGAUAAAGCAGGCGCAGUGCAUUUAUUUUCACAGUUUUGCCAUAAAACAGUUAAUGAAGAAGAGGAAAUAGCACACAGAUUAUUAGGAGGACAGUUUCAGAUGCAGAUAGAAACAUUGAGAGAAUUAACAGCCCGAGCUCUAUACGAAGAUUAUUUGCAUCAUUGGUUUACUCCCGAAGGUUUUCGUUCCUUAAUGGCCCUUGUGGGGACAAAUAGUCAAGGAAUAGGAACAAGUUCCAUUAGCGCUUGGGUUAAAAAUUGUGAUUUGCUCGAUUUGCCACCUGACGAAAGAGAGAAAUUAGAUAACUUUAUCGACAAACUCUAUGACGAAAUGGAAAGAGAAACGGGACCAUAUUUGAAUAACGAGGGAUCUGGUUUAUAUCCUCUGCAAAGUUCAUGUAAUCACAGUUGUGUUCCAAAUGCAGAAGCUACAUUUCCAUACAGCAAUUUUGCUUUAGUAAUGGAAGCCAUCAGAGAUAUAGAACCUGGAGAGGAAAUUCUUGUCUCAUACUUGGACGAAUGUAUGCGCAACAGGAGUAGGCACAGUCGAAUAAAAUUGCUGAGGGAAAAUUAUUUAUUCACAUGCACAUGUCCCAAGUGCGAGGCUCAGAUGGACGAUCCCGACAUCACCAGCGACGAUGACGAGAACAUGGAGGAAGAUAAUAUAGACCACUCGCAUCAAUGAAUAGCUGCCUUUUUGCACCCUGCAAAGUUUCUUACAUAGAUUUUAGUCAAAAUGUGAUUUUAAAGUGUUUUGUCGUACAAAUUAUGCAAUUGAAGUGCCAAUGUUAUACAAUUCAAAUUUUUAAUUCAUUCCAUUCAAGAAAGUUACAAUCUGUAAAUAUGCGUAAUUUUUCAUUUGUAGAAUUUUCAGUUUACAUCUCAUCAUUGUUAGUUUUUAUUGUAUAUAAGCAUUGUGUAAGAUAUAUUUUUGUUUUUUAAUACAUUUUUAAUGUAUAGACCAAUUGUUGGAAUUAGUAAAUAUGAACAUUUUUCUUGUUUUAUUCUUGUGUUUUAUUUAUAGUCAACAAUCUGGGGACUUCAGUUGAAAACUCCCAGAAGAACAAUGCAUUGGAUACAGGCUUGUUUCCCCCAUUGUGGAUCUGAUGAGCCUGCAGUAAUCUUGGACAAAAGGUCCUUUAGUAUCCAUGAUAUAGGGCUAUUGAAAAAAAAAAUCAUUUUAUAUACUGGUCAACAGUUAUGGAUUCCUGCCAUAAUUGACGAAAUUCUAGCUGUCAUAGCUCUGCAUUGACUAAUUAAUUCCAUCUACUACUAGAGUAGACUGGAUUGGAAUCAGAAGAAACAAUUUAGAUUUUUUUGUGGUCGGGUUUUUCCCAGAUUUAUUGGGCUCUGCUCCUUAUCACUUGGCCACCCCAUGAUGGAUAUUGGGAAAACCUCAUAGGGCUGACAGUUGAAAAUGGAGAUUUGGUGCAAGAACUAUAAUAAGCCAAAGAUAUAUUCUAUUUUCAACAGUGUUUAUUAUUAUUUAAUAACAAUGUUUAUAAAUAUAAUGACAGACUGAUUAUUAAUGAUUGGAUCCAAAGUACAAGAGAAAUUUUUUAAAAUGGUUCUGAUAAAAAAAAAUAGCACAAAAUUAUGAAAUUUGCCA